AUGUCGUCCAAGGCAAACGCGUCCGGCCUGACGCCCGAAGAGACAAAGUCGCUCGCCACGCGCCAGCCCACGUCCGAGGAGCAGGCCAUCGUCGGCGCACUCAAGGAUCUCUACAGCUGCGAGCCAAAGGAGAGCAGCUACGCCGUCUACGCGACAAAUGCCGUCUUCCACGAUCCCGUCAGCAUCGCCGAGGGCGUGGACAAGAUUCGAGCGCAGUUCAACGCGCUCCCCGCCCUCUUUCCUCGCUCCACGAUUGACAAGUUCAACGUGCUGGAGCAGCCAGCCAGCUCGACGCUCGACCGGUCCAGGUCGAUGCUCGUCGAUCAGGACGUGACGUACUACCGUGACAAGGACCCAUCGGCCAAGCCGUUCAAGACCAUGAACAGCCUCCUGACCAUUGAGCGCGACAAUUCCGGCAAAAUUCUCAAGCACGUCGAGGAGUGGGACCACAAUAGGGUGACAGACUCGGCCAAUGCCGGCUUCCUUGGCAUGCUCAACGAAGGCAGAAAGAAGGCCUUUGCCGCGCUCAGCAUGCCUUUUGUCGACCAGACGCCGCCUGCGGACCGCAAGUAG